ACUUUUCUUCUUUUCUCUUCUUUUGAGACUGGAAUUGGAACUGUAUUGCUUUCUCUGUUUUUGCUGCACCAGAGAUUCUCUCCACCCCUUUCAAGUCAAAGAAGUGGAAUAUAUAUAUAUUGAAACAAAAAAAGUUUGUAUGAAUGGGAGGAUGGGAGAAAGGAAGAGCCACAGCUCAUGGCAUAUAUUCCCCCCCCCCCCCCCCCCCCCCACCAUAACCCCACUUAGGUUUCCAGAUAUGGAGUGAGAAGGGUGGACACACCAACUGCUCUGCUCCAAAUUAUAAAAGAGAACUACUGCUGCUGCAUUUUGAAAGCAGAGCUGGAAAAGGAUCAUACCCCAUAUUUAUGAACCACCCCUUCAAGCUGUCUCUCUUCCAUAGAACACAACACAACAGAAUUCCAUCUCCAAAACAUGCACAACCAAGAUAUGAGCAGCUUGGUUUUGUCCACUGAUGCCAAGCCCAGACUGAGAUGGACUCCGGAACUCCAUCACCGGUUCGUCGAGGCUGUCGAGCAGCUUGGAGGGCCAGACAAGGCUACACCGAAGACCCUGAUGAGGGCGAUGGGUGUCCCUGGACUCACCUUGUACCAUCUAAAGAGCCAUUUACAGAAAUUUAGGCUUGGGAAAAGCCAACAUUCAGAAUCCUGCAGUAGCAAUAAACAAGAAGAUUUAUUUGAUUCAGAGUACAAGGAGAAGCAGAGGAGAGAAGGUCAUUUCAAUGGUGAAGUCAGUGAUGGAACCCACAAUCAAAUCAAAGAAAGCUUGCAGAUAGCUAAGGCCCUCCAAGUGCAAAUGGAAGUGCAGAGGAAACUUCAUGAACAAAUUGAGGUGCAGAGACAUUUGCAGCUGCGAAUUGAAGCUCAAGGGAAGUACUUAGAGUCAGUACUAAAGAAAGCUCAAGAAACACUUGCUGGAUAUAAUUCUGCUUCUGUUGGAGUGGAAUUUGCAAGAGCUGAACUCUCCCAGUUGGUCUCAAUGGUCAACUCCGGAUGUCAUACUUCUUCAAUCUCAGAACUAACAGAAGCAUUAGAUUACAGCUUAAAGGAUAUCGAAAAGGAUCCAGUAAAAGGCACUGGCUACUCCAUGGAAAGCUCCAUAACAUCAUCCGAAAGCUCCGGGAGGAGGGAGGAGAAGCAACUGACGCUUGAAAAUGGAGACACGCAAGAGUGUAUAAGAACUUCCAUUGCACUUCCACUAGUGGAUAUCCAUUUGGGACAUGACCAACCAUGGAAGAGGGGUUCGUGCAAUCAGGCUAACGGCCGGAAGCGAAGCGGGAGCACGGUCUCGGAUGGUGUCUGUGUGGAGCAAGCACCUAGUAAAAGAUCUCCAAUUCACAGAGACAGAAUCGAAAACCCAUCGAGAAAGUUGGAUCGAUCGGAGACGCUCGAUCUGAACAAUCAAUACCAGAAUGAAAUGGAUUCAGGUGCAGAAGCAAUAGACUUGAAUUGCAAGGGCGAGCAAUUCAGUAAGCAUCUUUAGAGCUUUGAGAACUGUAUGCUGCAGGGGUUAUGUGAUCUACCAAGGAAACUGGGUUUGGUUCUUUGAAGCUAAUUUUUUGUUCAUAAACUAUGUAUAUUGUUAUAUUAUGAGGACCCAACGAACUUUUGAAAAUAUAGCCAUAUAUAUGAAAAGAUAUAAUAUAUGUUGUGUGCAUAAA